CGCUUGUGUAGGCGUUUUCCUCUGAAGUUUGUUCUGUCAACAGUUUUUCGAAGAAAUUCAGUCAUAAAGGGAAGCUAUUGCGGCAAUAGAGCGUUUUCAAACGCGCGGCCAACUUUCUUAGCGACUCGGAAGUGCUCGGGGUAGCUACCGGAGUUUCCCGAACGUGACGUCACGACUCCGCAAGUCCCGUGUCGCUGACUGGCGAAGGAAAGGGGGAAAAGCAACAAGAAGGAAGAGCAAUGGCGACACUGGAUCGCAAACUGCCCAGUCCGGAUGCGUUUCUGUGCAAACCCUGGUCCACCUUUAUCGACGCAGCUAAAUUACACUGCUCGGACAAUGUAGAUUUAGAAGAGACUGGCAAAGAGCUUGGAAAAUGCAGGGAGGUGAUGAGACUUAAUAGAGAAGAUAUGCACUUAUUUGGCCAUUGUCCAGCACAUGAUGACUUUUAUCUCGUUUUAUGCAAUUUCUGCAAUCAAGUAGUAAAACCCCAGGUGUUCCAGUCACAUUGUGAAAGAAGACACAGCUCUUUGUGUAAACCUUCCCCCACACCAGCUUCACCGUCUUGUAAUUCUAGAACAUCACUAGCCCAAAUGAAACCCAAAACCUAUAUCAGACAUAACACAGUCAACAGCAGCUACAAGCCAUUCAGAACACCCAAAGACAAUCUACAUACCUCCAUUAAUAAACAGCAGCCCACGGGAUUGAAUUCGAAACCAGUCAGAGAUAAAUCAUGUGUGCCUAUACCUGUAGUCAGCCUUGAGAAGAUUUCUAACUUGGCAAAGGCUGAAAGUGAUAGUGUUAAAAUGAUUUCCACUGCACUUGUGUCCUCCACCUCUUCAUCUACCACAUCUGCUGCAGCUUUGGCUAAAUCUUCGGCAUCAACAGCAGCAAAGCAAGUGUCCCUGUCACCAGAGAAGAUUGUGAAUGGCAAAGGAGUCACAUCCCCCUCAUUAUUAGACAGAAAACAGCAGAAUGGAACCAAAAGCUGCAAGUCUUACAAACGACUUUCUGAAAGAGAAUUUGAUCCAAACAAACACUGUGGAGUGUUGGAUCCUGAAACAAAGAAACCAUGCACAAGGUCACUUACAUGCAAGACUCAUUCACUGACUUACCGGCGAGCAGUUCCUGGUCGAAAGAAACAGUUUGACAUACUCUUGGCAGAACACAAAGCACGAACAAAGGAAAAAGAGCCUGUGAAAUGUAAGGAACAUCAAGGGACAAGAGAAUUAAAUCACAAUCAAUCUAUACAUUCUCAAGAACCUAUAACUGGGCUUGCAGUGAACUAUGUCCCGGAGAAUAAAUCAACUUCUCCAGCAAAAUCCAAGCUGUCCAAUCCUAAUCACUGUCGAACUUCACUUACUGGAAGUUUCAGCAUUAUCAAGUGUUCUGCUUCUAGUGGGAUGGUUCAAGACUUGAUCUUGUCAACUGUUGAAGGAGAUGUAGAAAAUCAUUUGUCAAGUGAUGAAGGAGAUUUGGAUAGCACUGAAGAUGCAGACAAAAUAGACUGUCAUUUCUCAGGAUGUCACCCACGGCCCUUGGCAAUAUGCAGUUUUGGUAGUCGCCUCUUGGGACGAGGUUAUUAUGUGUUUGACAGGCGGUGGGAUCAUUUGCGCUUAGCCCUUAAUUCAAUGAUAGAAAAACAUCUAAAUUCACAAAUGUGGAAGAAGAUACCCCCAGCAGCAGACAGUCCUAUAACAUCACCUGCUUUGCAUAUAACAGCAACCUAUCCUGCUCUUCAAGCUUUUAGCAGUCCAAAUGCAGUUUAUCUGUCUUCCUCAGUGGUCAAUUCAAGUAUCACAUCGUCAUAUGUCAUGACAACCCCAAUCCUAUCAUCAUCAUCAUCCUUUGCAAAUACCUCUGACAUCAAUUCUAUACUGUCUUACAGCACAGCUUUUUCCCAAGGAACUGCAUCAUUUAGUAUUGUGAAGCCGACAGCUCACACUGGAGCUUCCCAAUCAUAUGGUAAACAAUCUCGAACAAAGACCAGCAAAACAUCAAAGGUCAAAGACAUUUCUUCUGAAACAGUCAGCAGCUCUUUAGGAAACAAAAAGAAGAAACCACAAGCUUCUGUUUCAUCACCAUUGUGCACAUCUUCAGUGUUACCAUAUUCCCGGUCACACAAGAAAAAUUAUGUUUUAAAUCCUCGUUCUCUGAUCAACACUUCUCAGACCAAUUCUUCCUUCCAUGGUGUGUCUGUGCAUGAAAGCAAGAAUGGGACAAACUCACUUAGUGCCAAAUCUGAGCCCUCAGGAUGGACAGCAUUGUCUGGCAAUUUAAUUGAUUCUUCAAAACAUGUAAGCACAGUGGUAAACAGUAUUGACUCGACACUUUCUGUAGCUCCCCAGACAUGUCACUCUGGGGAGUAUGCCCUUACUGCACAUAAAGCAUUACCUUCAGGCCCAAUUCCUUUUGACAAAUCAGAUGGGAAAAAGCGAAAAAACUCCAGCCCAAACUACAAGUCUAGUAAAAUAACUAAAAUGCCCGGUAUGAACAAUGUUCAUAGAAAGAACACUGCAAACCAUUUGUCUGUGGUGACUGAAUCUCCAAACAGUUCUCUCCUCAGGCAGCCUAAGGUACAUUACUGAAGUCGAGGAAGUGAAUGUUUCCGAUUCACACUGAAGAUAAGGAACUGCUUGGACUGAGCACAGGUCGUCACUUUCAUUACUGUAAUGGUGUAAAGCCCUACAUACUGAAAAAGAGAAAAACAAGCAACAUCAGAUGAGCCUCCCUUGUCUACCUGCUGCCAAUCAUUGUUGCACAAUUUUGUAUGACUGCUCCUGCUGUCUCUCAUUUUAUUUCAUGCAUUUUUCAUAAGGAAAUCAUUUUAUUUUCUAUUAUUUUCUGUUAAGAGGGAACAGCCUACAACUGAAUACAACAUGCUGCUGCACCAUUUCAUUUACGAAUAUUAAUGAAUGAGAGCAGAAUUGCAUAGUGUCAUUUACUGCUAUGAUUGUUUCAUGGCUAAAUUAUUUGAUUUGAAGGAUAUCUGUUUUUCUCCAAAGGACCUUGUGAUUUCCUCAAGUGUGCUGCAGCUUUCUGCUUUAGUUGAAUGUGUGUACUCUGCAGUUCAGGACCACCGGCACAUCGUUAUUACCUGAUUUGAUGGAAACUAGUGUGUAAAGUGAUUCUUCAUUUCUACAGUGUUAAAAGUGCACUUAUUUGCAGCUUUCCUUAAAACUUUUCUUAUUAAUUGUGAAAAAGAGACUGUUGUUUAAUGAAAGACUUUACAAUCUGUGACAUAAAUGUUACAAUAAAUAUAAAUACAGGCUUAUCAGCUUAAAUUCCUAAUGUAAAUUUUUAUAUUAUAGAGUAAUUUAUAUUUACUUGAUUGUUGUGCUAACUGACCAGGAUAUUUACAUAAAAACCUGAUUUUUAAAGUUCUAUUUUGGGGUUGGGAGUGGGUUUUUUCCCCAUUUUAUUGUACAGUUCUUAAGGUCUGUAAAUAAUUGUGUACAUAUCUGUUAUUUUUGCACAAUUUUAUUUUUGCUCAUGUGAAAUUUUAGAUGUUUGUAAGAUUUUUUUAAAUUUUAUAUUUAUUUUUGUUUUGUUGAAGCUGCAGUGAGGUCUAUCCCCAAUAUCAACACAAAAAGCUUAAUUAUAAACUGCAUUUAAAUAAUCAAUGAAAUAUGUGCAUUGUCAUUUCAUUUGUUUUGCAAAAACAGGUUAUCCAGGAUAUACUGCUGUGUGGUGCUGUGUCUGCCAGCAUAGGAUUUAUUAUGUAAGUAGCCUUAUUUAUGGUUAUUUUCAUAGAAACUAAUAAUUCAUUCAGUCCUAGUAUUCUUUAUGCAUGUAAAUAGACACAACACUUUACUAUUUUUUUUCUUCCAGAAACUAUAGCCAGACAUUUAUAUUUGCUUGUGCAAAUUUGUUAAGGGAUAUGGGAGUUGCUGUAGUUUGAGAUAUUUUUAAAAUAUGUACUGGACUGCAGAUUUCUAGAAACAACAAAGACAUACCGGCCCUCCUACCAUACUAAAGGAAAUAUGUUUUGCUUGCACUUCAGCAAUUAGCCACAAAGCUUGUUCUUGGUCACUUGUUUCCAAAUUUGCAUCUGUCUGUUAACACAAUUCUGUGGCCAUGGUGAUCUUUAAUCCUAACACCUGUCAAAACAGAAAACUAAAUAAGAAAGCCAAGUGAAGAGAACUCGAGCAGCCCCAUAUUGACUUGCAUUGCAUUAGCAGUAACUCAAUUCAGUUUAUUCCUCUGCUUCUACUUAUGAGCCUAGCAUAGUUACAAAAAUAACAAAUAUAGUAUGGAUAAAAAAAAGAAAUAUAAUCACAAAAAUAAUGUUCACAGACAGGCAUCAUGCAAUAUAUGGAAAAAUUUAUGGCAAAUACAUAAGGAAAUGUGUUUACCAAAGAACAUCCGGCAUUUACAUUCAUUCCCACCAGUUCAGUUAACCUACCAUAGAAAUGCUGACCCUCGUGGAUAUGAGCAAAAAAUGCCAACCCCUGUGGCCAAAGUGGGUGUGAGCCUGGAACCACAGGGCCGCCCUCCUCGGUAGCCAACUCCAUAUAUUAAGAGUCAACUUUGAAAGAAUAUUUCUUAGCAUUCAUAUGCAAUUUUACAAUUUGAAAAUGUGCCUCCUAACCUUUAAUUAUAAUACAACAUUAAACUGUAAUUAUAUUUAUUAAUACUUCUAUUGCUCUUCUUUUACAAAAUCUUGGAAGGAUCAAAAAUUGCAUUGUUUUGUUAUAAAUUACUGUUACAAGACACUUAUUGUCAGAAAUGAUCCAUAGAUGGGCAAUGCCAAUUACCCUUAGUAUAGAGAUAAUGUGUGAUCAUCUGACAUCAGAAAGGCUCCAAAGGACUAAAGUUCAGGAAGCGUGCAAGCUUGUAUUCUUCUAAGAUAAAAGUCUUACUGAGUGAGUUGUGUGUCUGACUACAAGACAUAUUGAAUCUUUGCAUUUUUUGCAUUUGUUCCUUCAUUUAAAUAGUAUGUCAGUAGUAAGGUGAUAUGGUUUACUUAACAGAGGGUUAGCCAGCACACAGUCUGCAUCUAUCCAUAUUAUAUGUGGUUGCUUUAAACUAAAACCAUUAUUUUGUUCUACAUUGCUUUCACCUCUUUGUAAAUGUAAAUUUGCAUUAUUUAGUUUUUAGUUUUCCUAACAUUUACAAAAAAAACUUAAGAAUAAACUCAGAGCAGUAUUAGUGACUCCCUUAAACUCUUCAUUCAGAUUAAUUUAAGAUAGCCCAGAAUCCAUGGGGUUAGCCCACCAAGCUUUUAAAAGAGGCUUGAACAUCAAGUAUUCACACACCUCUAAUGAGUUUAUGCAGCUUUUUCUUGCUGAUGCUGUUUUUUUGUAGACUGCUUACCUUCUCCAAAGUAACAAUACAUGAUGGUUCACAAAUAGUGAACAAAACAAAUGGCAUUUUCAGCAUACAGUACCUACAGUAUGCACCAUGGGAAUGGAAAGGUGUAAUUAGGUAUUAUUUCUUCCUUCCCGCUUUGCAGGAUUGUAUCCCAAAAGGAAAAAAAAAUGCCUACAAUGUUAUUGAUAAAGUGCUAAAUUCAAUUACAUUCUGCUUUUGACUGGUAAGCCAGUAAAGUACUUCACUUUUAAUAUAUGGCUGCUGUUACUUGACAACUUUAUAGUUGGAUUUCAUCCUGGUUGUUGAGUGUUAUGGAGCAGAUGGUCUGCCAGUGUAAAUUGAACAGAACUGCUGCACAGUGAAGCUGUCCAAAUGCCUUCUUUUGUGUUGAUGAACUGCUUGUGUGUGUGUGUACAGCUGUGUACACCUACAGUAUGUACAUGUUCAUUGCGUACCCAGAGAGCAGUGGGUUCCCAAACUCGGCCCUGAGGAACCCCUGUGGCUACAUGUUUUUUUUCCAACCAACUUCUGUUUUUAAUUGGACUCCAAGCCUAAUUAAAUGAGAUGUUAUUUGUCAGUUUCUGUGUUUUUUGGGGUCAAUGUAGAAAUUACAAAACUAAGUUGGGUGAAUUUUUAAUAAAAUGUACUAAGUAUUUAUAUGGGAAUAAUGUUUUGUUUUUUACUUUUUAACUUCCUGAUUUUCUUUCUGCUGUUCCACAUGUUUUUUAUUCCACUAUUUACUAAUUAAGUGGGUCUGAUGCUGAUAUGGCUGCAACCUUUCAUCAUUCAGUGUUGUUUGUUCGAGUAUAUUUUAAAUUGUCAUUAUUAAAAUACAAUGAAGGGAUGCAACUACACAGAAAAGGGCAAGAUAACAGGAAAACAAUAAAAGAGAGAUAUGUAUUUAAAGCUACUGCAAAAUGAGAAAUAUUUCUGAAUAUCUAAUAAAGGUAAAUGUCAUACUGCUGCACUUUUCUGAAUGCAGAAUAAGAGAAUAGGCCAAAAAAAACACCAGCUAAUUAAAUGAGAUCAAUUAUUAUCGGUUAUUAUCACUGACCGUGAAUCUGGUUGGACCAAAAACCUGCAGCCACAGGAGGGUCCCCAGGACCGAGUUUGGGAAUGAGAGCUGUAGAGAGAAUUGUUUAUUGAAGUUCUCAGUACACAGUUAAAUAACUUUUGCAUCGUAUUGUCCCUGUUUUUGUUGGUGUUUUUGUCAUUCUUGUGUCAUCCUACAGUAAUUUGAAAAUCUGUGGGCUUUUCAAUGCUGGUUUAUCAUAGGAUGUGCUACUAACUAUUUUUGCACAAAAGUGCACUUUUUCACCCACCAUAAAUGUGCUUUAUUAGUACAGACUGCAAAAGUUUUAAACUUUUUUUUAAAACUUAAAGCAUGUUUGAGUGAUUUUUUUUAUAUACAUAUAUACGUGUGUAUAAAAAUUCAAAAAGUUGUUUGUUCUUUGUAAUUUGUUUUGACAUUAUUCUCUUUUGUAACACUAAAACCAUUUUGUCCAAUGCAUCUUCAUCUUCAUCUUUUUUUUUUUUUUUUUUUUAACUAUUAUAUCUUUGCUUUUGAUUAGCAGCAUCAGGUAGUUUUUCAUUCCAUUUUUGGGCCAGUGUCGGCAUAUUGUGUUUUCAGUAUUUGUGAAUAGUAACAAGUGAUGGCCAGCAGAGCAAAAGAACAAACUUGCAAUGAAACUGAACUGAUACUGCCAUGGUUGAACCUCUACUUGAGAGAGACUCUCUUGUGUGGAGUGUGUUUUUGUUUUGAUGUUUUGUAACUUGGUCUUUGUAAAUAAAAUAAUUUAUAUGUUUGUAAAAA